AUGGCCGGACAUGGCCACCCUUACUCGCCGGCGGAGCUGGUGCUGCCGGGGUUCGUGCCGCAGCGGCUGUCGCAGGGCCAGAUCCUCACGCCGGCAAUGCCGUCUUCUCCGUCCUCGGCGCCUGGCUCAUCUCCGAUCCCGAUCGACGACUGCAUGCGCUUCGCAGGAAGAUGCGGCGGCGGUAGAUUAUCCAGGUCCGACCGCUUGCUCAUGGGCUGGUGGGUGUUCAUCGCGCUGACUUACAUCGUCUUCGAGUCGCCCUUCCUCUUCACCCCUGAUUUCCUCAGCAAGGAAAACCCAAAUUACUUCGACGACUUCUUUAAGGAGUACAGCAAAGGUGACUCCAGAUUCGCCGCUAGGAACACCGCAGUCCUCGCGCUUGAAGUGGUAACCAUCGGGUUGGAAGGCCCUGCAUCGCUUCUUGCAGCCUAUGCGAUUGCAUCCCGGAAGUCGUACAGCCACACCCUCCAGUUCGCCGUUUCUUUGGGCCAGCUAUACGGACGCUUGCUUUACUUUAUCACCGCGUACCUGGAUGGCUUCUUCUGGGUCAGUCCGUUCUACUUCUGGGCAUAUUUCAUCGGUUCCAACAGUUCAUGGGUGAUCAUAGCAACGCUCAUUGCCACAAGGAGCUGGAAGAAGAUUUCGGCAGCAUUUCAAGCCGAGAAGGUGAAGACCCGAUAA